UCGCCGGCUCCCCCAUUCCCUCCCAGCUGCCUCCAUCCAUCCAUCCACCUGAGGAAGAACCACUUCCAUUGCCCGCCCGCCCCGACCUUAAAACAAUCCGGCCAACGAACCCCACUGCCGCCCGAUCACCACCACCGCCGCAGCUCCAUCGACCGCAACCCAACACGCUGCCUGCUGCCUGCGCGUGCGGGUUCCGACGGCGCGGGGGGCAUGGAGAAGAAGCUGCCGCUGGCGCUGGCGCUGGCGCAGAAGCACGGCGCCGGGGAGCCCGCGUGGGCGCGGCCGUGGCGGUGGGCCAAGACCGCCUUCUUCCUCGUCGCCAUGCUCGCCUCGCUGUUGCUCGUCUGCGCGCCGCCCCUCCUCGUCGUGCUCCUCGACCUCGCCCUCCCGCCCAUGCUCCUCUCCGCGCACCUCCAAGCCGGCGCCGACCCCCCGCACCGCUCCUUCCUCCCGGCCGUGCUCGACCAGGCGCGGGCGUUCGAGUUCCGGUCCUCCCUCAUCGACCUGCCCGCCGUCUCCGCCGCGCGCGCCCUCCUCAUCCUCUGCGCGUACACGGCGUGCGGGGGAGGAGGGGGCGCGUACCUGUGGGUGGUGGCGGCGAGCGCCGCGGCGUCCGUGUCGUACGUGCUGGCCAAGGCCGCGGCCGUGCUGCCGCGCGGUGCCGCGCCGCAGGGGAAGGGCGACGCCGGGCCGGAGCCCAUGCUGUUGCUGUCCCUGUCGCUGGCGGCCGCGCACGUCGCCGUCGCGUACCGGACCAGCUGCCGCGAGCGCCGCCGCCUGCUCGUCUACCGGAUCGACGUCGAGGCCGUACGGCUGAAAGGAGGCCACCAAACACCCAAGGGGCUGAAGCAGUGUAGCGUCUGACAUCGUGUUCUGAACGUUAAGUUACGAGCUGACCAUUUGGUGCGGAUAUAUAGGCGUCAGGAAGGUAGCCAAAAUUUUGUCAAGUUGUUAUUAUGCAUUGUGGGGGCCAUUUUGGGCACGUUGCAUUACAUGUAAGUGAUGAAGACACUGUAAAUACACAACAGCUGCGCUUAGUUCGGCCUCCUGCGAUGCAAUUGCAACGAAACGCAGGACGAGCCACCCCUUGCCUUUGCGUGCUCACUCUCCUGCUUUCCUGUUCGUGUGGAAUUUCGUGCUCACUGCACAAGUUUUCAGAAAGGCCGUAGAAAGUUCUGCUCCUGUCGUUUCAGAAGGCAGGAACAUGUCGCUGUUGCAGAUCUGAACUUUUGAUCCUUUCUCCGGUUUGCCAUUUGUGGCCAUAGUAAAGUUAAGAAACAAGGCAGCACUUAGCGAUUUGA